GAGUGUGACUUCUCUGUUUCUGGCACCCUGCACAUUUUUAGCCAUUGCUUACAAGUAAACAGCUGGUUGUGAUGGCAGGAGGCCCUACCAGCACCAGGGAGGAGAUGGAAAUGUCCCUGGUUGAAGAACUGAAUCAUGGAAGCCAAGGGCAAAACCAAGAUCAUCUGGUGAUAGCAGAAGUGAUGGAGCAUGGAUCUCGGUCCCUGGGUGUCCCCCAGAAGAGGCAGAAGUUGGAACCAAAAGCUACUGGCUCUGCUGCAGGCAAACCAGUUUGGAAUAUGACUGGCACUCGGCCCAAGAAAAUGGGGACCCAGCUGCCAAUGCCCAGAAUGCUGAGAGAAUCAGGCCAUGGGGACACCCAUUUCCAGGAGUGCCCUGGUAGUUUCCAAGGCAUACGUAACCCAGAGACAGGUUCAGUGGUGGACACUGGCCUGGAAGAGUUCAAUGGACUGGAGAUGGAAAUCAUCAAAAGACAGCUGUGUGCAGUCAGUGGGCGUCUGCGUGCCCUGGAGGAGCAGGACGCCACCUGGCGUCAGAGGGAGACCCUGAUCUUCGCCUUGCUGGUGUCAGCCAGCAUUGCCAACCUGUGGCUGUGGAUGCACCAGUGAUCGCAGCAAGCUAGGCCUACGCAUUGGAGCCCUCCCUGCUUCUCCUUCUUUCUUUCCUCUUCCCUGGCUGCCCUUGCCCAUCCCCCAGGCAGCAUCAGGGCCAUUUUUCAAGUCUGGUUAGGCCCCCUGCCUGGGGAGGCCAGGUCACAGCUUUGGGAGGUCCUGGCUGCUGCAAAGUGGAGGAGGACUGCGUGAGCUGAGAUGACACCCUUUGAAGGAUGAAAAGCAUGGAGGCAUCUGGGCCCCAUAGUAACACCUGACCCCAGCGGCCCUCUGUUCCAUCCUCUGUGGGCAGGGGCGUGGCUUCGCUUUCCUCCCUUGUUUGCUUCCACCUUGCGCACGAGGCUCUGCACAGACAGCAUGCUCAAUAAAAGUUCAGCUGUAGCAGCAAAA